AUGCAACUUAAGCAAAAUGAUAUCAACAGAAUGGAAAUUAAACGAUCUCGAAUCUUAUGUUGGAUACCAACCUCUCCAACCAGCCUCGCAGGAAGAGCAAAAUCAGUGAAGGAUACAUGGGGAAAACGCUGUGAUAUGCUUUUGUUCUUCAGUUCGAAAGCGGAUUCCAGCUUUCCUGCAAUCGGGUUAAAUGUUGGGGAAGGAAAAAGCAGGCUAGUUAACAAAACCCGCGCAUCACUAAGAUAUAUUUAUCAACACCAUAUGCACGACGCUGAUUGGUUUUUGAAAGCAGAUGACGACACUUACGUGAUCAUGGAAAAUCUCCGCUAUUUUCUGUCCAAGUUGAACCCUUCGGAUCCUCAUUAUAUCGGAAGGAUGUUUACUUCGUAUGGCGGAUACAACAGUGGAGGGGCCGGCUACGUUUUCAGUCGCGAAACGUUAAGAAUAUUCAAGAAAGCGCUGGACGAGGGUGGCUGCCCACGAGGAGGUGGUGAAGACAUAUUUGUGGGAAAAUGUCUUAGAUCUCAAGGUGUAAAGCCAGUGAGUACGAGGGAUUCAAGCGGAAGAGAAACCUUUUUUCAAUUUAGAACUGCACCACAACUGAUACCCGGCCGACCGCCAUAUGAGUUCCUCUUGAACUACAGCUUUCCUCUUCCUUAUAAAAACGGACCUGAUUGCUGCUCAGAUUAUCCAAAUACUUUCCAUAAAGUCAAUCCAGAAACAAUGUAUCUACUUGAAUACUUAAUCUAUCGUGUCAAAGUUAAAACUUAA